AUGGCUAGGCCAACCACCCGAUCCCGGGCCAAGGAUGGCUUAUCUACUGCAUCGAUCACUCAGACUGUGCCACAGAAGCGCAAGAGAGCGGCUCCUAAUUCCAAGAAGGGCUCUGCAAGUGACUCCUCUGUUCGAAAUGAGGAAGUGGAAGCAACUGGGAUGAACGGUGUUUCUACCUCACCGGUGACUGACAGUGAACCCGCAAAUGAGGCCUCAUCAAAGCUGAGAAUCAUCGUCGGACAUGAACAGCCAGUGACUCCCAGCCCCGGAGUGGGAGCAAACGAACCUCAAUCUGGGUCUACAGCUGUGACCGACAACUUCCAGACUCCCAACACCCCUCCCACAAUUCCAUCGCCUGUAGAGGGGGAUUCUGGCAUCUCACUUGCCAGCGCUGACAAGGAAGCAUUCCCGCCAAAGGAGAAUGGUGUCUACGAGACUUCUACGGAGCCAACCAAGCCUUCUGCAUUUACUAACACCGUCGACAAGGCAGAUGAGGUUCUUGAAGAAAUUGGUCUCGGCAAGGUUGAUGCGCCACCCGCUACGGCCCCUAAUUCUCAGCAUGAGACUUUGACCGCGUUAACUCCGUCCGAGCCUACCAACGAUUCGGAGACAGGGCCCGAUACUCUUGCAGACCCUGUGGUCAUUCAGAAUGGUGUUGAAAAGAAAGAUCAAUUGCCUGAUGGAAUUGAUACCAAUGCAUCAGUCCCAGAUCCCCAGCCCACUAUUGCGGUGCAGGACACUCCAGCUUUCAUCGAACUUCCUCACAAUAUGGGAACUGUCCCUGUCUCUACUGGUGUUGUCAGCUCUACUGUGCCUCCCGGUAGUCUUCUCAACGAGAUUCAGUCUCAGCCUCUCGGUGGAACCAAUGUCGCCGAGCUGACUCCGGAUGUGAAGCCUGCAGCUGAUACCGUCAUCCCAACAUCCCCAGCAGCUCAGGGACCAGAUGCGGCGAAAAAGCCAGUCAAGAAGUUUGACUACGGCUUAACUCCCGGUCGAACUCCCUAUCCUGAUUUCAAAUUCCCAUCUGCUGAGGCGUGCCACCAGGUCAAUGACCUCCUGUCAAAAGCCCAUGGGGAAGUCAUUGCACCAAAGACGAUUCCUGAUCCUUCCCUUACUGUCACCGGCUGUGGCGAAGUUCCCUCGGUUCUGGAUGCUCUAGUUCGCACCCUCCUUAGUGGCGCCACUUCUGGAAGCAACUCCGCCAAAGCUUUCAACGGGCUCGUGCAGCGAUUUGGCACACUCACUGAGGGCAUCGGCAAGGGGAGUGUGAACUGGGAUGCAGUUCGGCGGGCGCCAUUGCAAGACGUUUUCGAAGCAAUCAAAAGCGGUGGUUUGGCAGACAUCAAGAGCAAGAACUUGAAGGCUCUGUUGGAUCAAGUCUACGAGGAGAACCAAGAGCGCAAGAACCGCCACGCCGUUGAGGAAUCUUCCCCUACCGGCAAUGAGAAGUCAAAUAUGUCCACUGAUGAAGCCCAGGAAGCUGAGGAGGUCAAGGAGUACGAUAUCGCCAGUGCCAAGGAUCAUUUCCUGAACCUUCAAUACAUACACAAGUACAAGGCAAGCAAGGCUAUGAGGGCUCUGAUCAGAUACCCCGGUAUCGGACCCAAGACAGCAGCUUGUGUGCUUCUGUUCUGUCUGCAGCGCCCUUGUUUCGCAGUCGAUACGCACAUAUUCCGCAUCUGCAAGUGGCUUGGCUGGGUACCGGACAAAGCCAACGAGAUCACUGCGUUUAGCCAUCUGGAUGUGAAGAUCCCUGACGAGCUCAAGUACUCCCUUCACCAGCUGUUCAUCAAGCAUGGCAAAGAAUGUCCCCGCUGCCGUGCGAUCACCAGUCCAACAAGUGCAGACUGGGACAAGGGGUGUGUCAUUGAGGAUCUGGUCAAGCGGACAGGACGAAAGAAGAUAGUUCCGUCGCGCACUCAUGUGCAAGCCGGACCUGCAAAGAGGGCUUCCACCAGAAAGUCGACGGUUGGCAAGAAAGCCACAAAGGGGAAGCGUGUUGCGGCCAAGACUAUCAAAAAGUCUACGGUCACUCGUGCAACAAAGGAGUCUGUGGACAAAGAACCAGUCGCUCUGGAAAUUGCAUCUGCGGAGACUGUGGAACAACCGGAGCAGACCCAGCCUGCUGUUGAAGGAACCCUGGAAUUGGCGCAGCAGAAUCCGUUGAAGCGCAAGCGUGACGACUCGGAGGCACAGCUUCCCCAGAGAAGGCAGCCAAUUCGCGCUACCAGAAACGCUUCUCAAACUAUCACUUCGAAGGCCAAGUCCGCAAAGAACAAGAAGAAGGCCGGUACUCGGAAGUCUGGCAGCCAGAAGACUAGCACCAAGAAGCCAUCAAAGGCUACUACUCCUGCUGCUGAUGCCACCCGAACCUCCCGUCGUUUGAAGCUGACCUUGAAGAAGGUCAAUGGAGAGGGCUCUUGA